ACGGUCGAAUAGAGUCGGUGUGACCUUUCCUCUUCUCCUUCCCCUCUUUUCGUUUUCCCCCACUUCGUUGAAACAGAAACCCUAGAUAUCGUUGGUGCCGCCACACACACACACUCUCUCUCUUCUGUGAACCUUCUCUCUAUCCGAGCAUCGUCUCCCUCAUCGAAUCGAAUGAAGAAUUAAGAGAUUAGGGUUGGUGAGAGGAGGCUUUUCGAUGGUGCCGAUGGGGCGGGAUGAGAAGGCAUGCGAGAUCUGAGAAGCGGCGGAGGAUCGUGCCGGAUCUCGGCGGCGGAGCGGCGGCGGAGGACCCGGCGGCGGAGAUUGGGUCCAGGGUUUUCCCCCUGCGGGCGCCGCCGCCCACGGCCUCGCCGGUGGCUAUGCCUACGGUGGGGACUCGGCGGUCGACCAAGAUCUUCGUCCCCAAGUCCAAGAACGCCUCCUCCCUCCCCUCCAGCGCUGUAGACGCCGAAGAGGAGGCCGCGGCCGCGAGGGUGCUUCGCUCCGGGAAGCGCCUCGCCUUGUCGAAGCCCGUCGAGAAGCCGACGCAGGGCCGGGACGAGUGGCUGCGUCUUCUCGGCGGCGGCAGCGGCGGCAGCGAUCACCGAUGGUCCAGGGACGGCGAGAGGAAGGGGAUUCUCGGCGUUUCCCAUGGCUCACGGGAGACUGAUCGGAAAGGGCUCGCACCGCACACGGCCGGUACCUUCCGCCACGAGGCUUCCCCUGCAGAUCCUUUGAGGGCGGGGGCGGGGGCGGGGGCGGGGGCGGGGUCGUUUCCGAUCGUUUACGCGCGGCGGAAGCGGCCGAGACCGUCUGAUACCGGCUCGGCUUCUUCACCUUCGUCGACAGGGGAUGUGAAUUUAAACAAGGAUAAGAAGUAUGGGAUUGUAUUUACGAGGAAGCAGCGCAGGAAGAGGCCGAACGGGGGCCCGACCUUGGCUGAAGAAGCAGAGCUCAGUAUACCAUGUCGUUCUAGAAAUUUGGCUGCGAGUGUUGGGAUUCCGGAGUGCGACGUCGUGACACAUUUGGACGGUCCAAUUCUACUCGCCGCGCUAGUAGAGUCCAAAUCUAGUAGUUUGGGACGGUUCUCGCGUCUUCUUGUAUCAAUUUUGCGAUGUAUGAGGAUAUCUAGGGUGAGGAUUCGGGAAUUAUGUACAUUAUUGUUGGGGGGUUCCGUGGCCGGCGUUUUUUCUCUCCAUGGGGUUCAUUUCUUACCAGUUAGGUGCGGGAAGAACAACGAUGUAAUGUGGGGAGUUACUGCCGCUUCUUGUGGGUUGUGCAACAUUUACGGUGCACGGAAGUUCACUCCUAUGUUGUGGGUUAAUUUCUCCGCUCUUCCGUCCUACUUUAUAAGCUUGCAUGUUGCUCUACUUCUUGGGGCGCUAUAUCUACCUGCUGUUCUUAGGAGGUACUUAAUGGGUUCGCCCGCAAACAUGUCUCUGGACGUUGAGAUCGAAGAAAAUGACUCUGAUGUUCAUGUCGAGACAGGUUCUGCGGGGGCUAAUCUUCCAGUUUCUCUGAUUCCUACUCUGGAAAAAGACAAACGGUUAUCCAUCAAGGAAGUUCUCACACAGUCAACAGAAGAUGGAGACACCGCACAUGGCUUAAGGCUUCAGAAACAUCAAAAGAAGAGAAGUUCUUUAAGACAUUCACGAAGUCGUCAUCUCCCCUUGAGGAAGAACACUGUUGUGAGCCCUUCAGAAGCUAAAAGAUCUUCUUUGCUAGAGCCUAUUAAUGUGAAAGCACUCGAUUCUUCACUUAGUGAUCUCUUGAGCAAUAUAGAUGAGAAUGGCAGUUUGACGCCAAUCGGGUCUCAUGGGAAACAGAAGAGAUCUGCUGUAAAUAGUCCUAUAGAGCGAAUGAAGGAGAAAUUAGCUUUGGCGGAGGUGAAGCAGAACAUCGAUUCGGUCCAUUGCAAGGCGAACAUUUUGGCUGUUCAUUCAGACAUGUGUUCUAGAGAAGAAGGGGCGGAGAUCAUGUUAGAAGUAUCGGAUAAUAAUGAGUGGUUUCUAGCUGUGAAGGUGCAAGAUGAUACAAGGAUCUUCUACAAGCCAAACGAUUUGAGGCCCUGUGUUGUCAAUCGUUUCACUCAUGCCUAUAUGUGGACAGUGGAGGACGGGUGGAAGCUUGAGUUUUUGGAAAAGUGGGAUUGGCUUUUGUUUAAAGAGCUACAUACAGAAUGUCGGGUUCGCAACUCUCAGGAUAGUUCUGGAAAAGUAAUUCCAAUACCAGGCGUUCAAUCGAUCUCUGAUCAAAUAAAUGGCCAUGUUGUCCCUUUUGUGCGCCCAGAUGAAUACAUUAAAGUGAUCAAUGAUGAGGUUGGGCGGGCCCUAGCUCAGGAAAGUCCUUUCUAUGAUAUGGACUCAGGAGACGAGAGAUGGCUGGACGAACUGAAUUCCAACCGUUCUGAUGCUAUGGAUGGCAGCUUUGAUGCUAUUUCAAGAGAGGACUUUGAGAGGAUUAUAUCUAUCUUUGAAAAGGAUGCUUAUAAUAAUCCUGAUGAGGAUCCUGAUUUUGAAAGGUUGGCGGGACGCUGUGCGGAUGUACUGGGCAGGGAGAUUCUACUUGCUCUGUAUGACUAUUGGAUAAAGAAGAGGAGCGCAAAAGGCGUAGCUUUGCUCAGGGUUUUUCAGCAGGGUCAGCCGGUGAGAAGAGCACAGUUAAAAUCAUUUUUUAGAAAAAAGAGAUCUUUUAAGAGACAACGAAGCCAAGCUGGAAGAGGGAAAUCUGAGACACUUUUACCAGGUCGAGGGAAGCCCGAGACAUUUCUAGAGGAGGCGGAGAAAGAGGAGGCUUUGCAGAGGAUCCAAGAAGCCGACAGUGCAGCGAACAAAGCGGUGGAGACGGCCAUUCAACUCCGCCAGAGAGCUCAAACCCUAAUGGCGAACGCCAACCUGGCGGUGUACAAAUCCAUCAUGGCCCUUCAUAUUGCGGAGUCGCUCCAGCUGUCGCAGUCUCCUGAUCUUUCAUCUUGCCUUCUCGAAUCUGAAGGCGAUGUUUAGAUUGUACUCUCAAUUUAUUGGCAAGAAAAAGAAAAGAGCAAUCCAUCCUUCUCUUUUUGUCGAAUUUAAAAAGCUGUGGGUUGGGAGGGGCUGUUUUUGAAAGGCCAAUUUUGAGGGGGGUUGAUUGCAAGGAAUCAGGGAGGAUUCAGAACUGUAGUUUUUGUAUAGAAGAAUAGAUUCAGCUAGAAUGUUGUGCUUGUAUCAUUACCAUCAUCAUAAGAUCACAUUUAUAAUAGUCAAAUUCAUGUGAUUCUCAAGUGAGAAAAGGAUAAAAUCCACGGCUCAAAACUAAAGCUGAGAAACUCUUAUGAUUUGUCCCAGUGUGUUCUCAGGAACAUUUGCGUUUACUUUGUUGCUCACGGCUUUGGAAGAGGGUUGAAUUUUUUGUUUUUCUUUUGUUUGGUGACUAAAAAUCAUGUUGGGGCGAUGAACUUUGGCUCUGGAGAUUUA